CAGAUUCAACGGACUGAAAAAGAGAAGGAUCAAAGAGAGAAGUGGAAAAUUAAGUGGGGGGGGGGGAGGAGGGGCUGUGGAGAACAGUGAAGUAGAAAGGGAUGGAGAGCGUUUCAUCGGGUCAGUCAGCCAGCGUGGAUGAGCUGGUGGAAGCCUGCAUCAAAGCUUUUGACAAUGAAGGCGUUCUGAAGGAGCCGUCGCUCGUGCGAAUGUUUCUCACCAUGCAUCCCUGGUACCUGUCAUCCAGUGACCUAGCUAAGAAACUCCUGCACAAGUCUCAGGAACAGGAUUGUUCUGCAAAUCGCCAGUCUCAAAUUUGUCACCUUGUCAAGUACUGGAUAUCUGAGUUCCCAGCUGAGUUUGACCUGAACCCCGCACUGGCUGAGCAGAUCCGCGGUCUGAAAGGGCGACUGGAGCAGAAUGGAGAUGUGAGGCGUAGUCUGCUCAUCGACAUAGACAGCAUUCCAUCAUAUGAAUGGCGGCGUCAGCUGGAUGAAACCGUCCAGAAGAAACGCAAGACCUCUCUUCUUUUUGACCACCUGGACGCUUCCACCCUGGCUGAACACCUAACGUAUAUGGAGUACAAAUCGUUUUGCAAAAUUCUGUUCCAGGACUACCACAGUUUCGUGAUGCACGGCUGCACGGUGGAUAAUCCCAUUCUGGAGCGUUUCAUUACUCUGUUUAACAGUGUUUCCCAGUGGAUCCAGAUCAUGGUUCUCAGUAAGCCUACAGCUCAGCAGAGAGCCACUGUCAUCAGUGAAUUCAUCAAAGUGGCCCAGAGGCUACUGCAGCUGCAGAACUUCAACACACUGAUGGCUGUAGUGGGUGGGCUCAGCAAUAGCUCCAUUGCUAGACUCAAGGAUACGCAGGCGCUCAUUGGCAGUGAGACGCGCAAGGUGUUUGAUGGAUUGGUAGAGUUGGUCACCUCCUCUGGGAACUACAGUCGCUAUCGUCAGAGUUUCUCAGAAUGUUCGGGAUUCCGCUUCCCAAUCCUUGGGGUGCAUUUGAAGGAUCUGAUUGCCGUCCAUGUGGCCCUGCCUGAUUGGUUUGACCCAGAGAAGACUAGGGUCAACCUAACCAAGACCCAUCAAUUGUACGCCAUCCUGGAAAAGCUGGCGCUCAUUCAAAGCACUCCACCCAGUAUAGAAGCCAAUUCAGACCUGCUGAAUCUGCUUUUAGUGUCUUUGGACCAGUACCACUCAGAGGACGAGAUAUAUCAGCUAUCUCUACAGAGGGAGCCUCGCAGUACUAGACUACCAACCUCCAGCUCAAAGUCACAGUCUCCUCUAAUAGAACAGUGGGCAUCUUCAGUCAAACCUAAAGCGGAUCCAGCCAUCAUCAACAAACACAUUGAAAAAAUGGUGGAGUCAGUGUUCCAAAAUUUUGACACCGAUGGUGAUGGCUACAUUUCCCAAGGAGAGUUAGAGAUCAUCAGGAGGAAUUUCCCUUACCUUGGCAAGUUUGAUGAACUGGACCAAAACCAGGAUUGUAAAAUUAGCCGAGAGGAGAUGAUUGAGUACUUCACAAAGGCGAGCUCCUUACAGAACUGUAAGAUGGGUUUUGUUCACACGUUUACUGAGGCGAGCAGCGUCAAGCCUUCAUUUUGUCGGCACUGCUCUCGUUUGAUAUGGGGAUUUUACAAACAGCGAUACAAAUGCAAAGUGUGUGGGGUGAGCUGUCAUAAAGACUGCUGCAGUCGUUUGGCCAUCGAGUGCCGACGGCGGGCACAGAGCAUCAGUUGUCACAAUGACGUUUCCUUUAAGGCCACACGCUCUUUCAGCUUUCCGUCGAUAGCAGAGUCCCCGGUCAUCACAGACGGCUCUCAGGAGAAACCGGAUGAGGUUUUUGAUGUCCACCUUUGAUGGGGUUUGAAAAGAACAUCCUGGAGCAAAUCCAUAAGCAAGCGCAGCAGCAGGGACAGAGCUGCACUGUUCUCCAGAGCAGUGUGUGUGUUUGUGUGUGUGUGUGAGUUUCUUCAUGCGUUUGUUGUCCAAGGUGAUCCAUUCUCUUGAACUCUCUAUACUGUGAUCUCUCAUGGGUUUUUGGUCUGAAAAUAGCACAUGGAUUUCAAACAAAUAAGACAAAAGCACCAGUUAAGUUGCAACAAAUAUUUGAGGAGGUUAUAUAUAUAUUUACUAUUUUAGUUUUUCCUUAAAGUUCACUUAUGAUGUAGGUAAAUUUAGUUUUUCGUGACCAUUUUGCAUCCUCUUAGUAGAAGUAGAAUUAAAUGGUGUUUUGGAUGAAAUGGGACUAAAAUAACCCAUUACAAUGUGUAAUCUGCCACCUAUGCAUACAUGACCAAGAAGUAAAAAAAAACAAUAAUAAUAAUAAUAUACAUUUUUACAUUGUGUAUUUUAUGACCAUGAUCAAUGUGCAAUGCUGCAAUUUUUGUUAGAAUUUACAAUGAUAUUUUAAUUGGGAUUUCUGUAACUGCAUGAUUUCACUGAUCUUUUUAAUUCUCAUAUGAAUUAUGAAUAGACGAGAAGGUCGAAUGAAUGACAUGUUGCAGACACUGUAUUGUGUGCCACGGCCAUCUCUCAUCACAGGCUUCAAUUUCACACCAACAGAAGGCGCUGUUGUCAUAAAGUGAGAAAGCGAUUUGAGAAGUUCUUGUGCUGCCUCAUUUGCUUUCUGUUUUUAUGUUUAUAUUCUUAUUCUUAUUAUGCAGAUGAAUCAUUUGUUU